AUGUCCCAAAACAACCACCCGUCUUCUCACAACCCUCAUCAACAACAACAACGAUACCACCCCCAACACCACACAUCAAAUUUGUCGGAAAAUAAUUUGGAGUAUCAAAGCAGUGGGUACCAAGAAGAACCUCAAAAUGUUACCUCUUCCGAUGAUCAUCAUGUAGCCUUCCAAGACUUUGGCCAAGAUGCAAGAUAUAGAUCCCGAAGGGGCAGUGAAGAGAUGAUAGAAGAUGUGGUGCAACAUGCUCUCACGAGUAAUACAUCAAGUGGAAUUCGAAGAAGAAAACAAGUGAGAAAUCAAGAAGAAGAUACAAUGUCUGAUAUUGUGAUCCCAGAAGAGGAAAACGAACUGGAGACAAAGAAAGCUCUUUUGAAUUCAAUGUUUGGUAUUAUGCCAUUUGCUGGUCACGUGACGAAAAGAGAUAUAGCAGAAAGAAGUGAAAAGGUAAAAUCACUUUAUGAGCCAGUAACAGGACUUAAACCAGAACAAGUAAAAAAACCUGAGAGAAAUAGAAUGUUAGGUUUUGGAAAUAUUCUCUACUCAAUUCUAUUUGGAUGGUGGCUGUUCUUGGUGUAUCUUUUUGUUGGAAUUUUAUGCUUUUUAAGUAUAUUUUGCUUUAGUUACGGCAAAAAGUGUUUUGAAUUUGCUUUUUAUUUCUUUUAUCCAUUUGGACAAUAUGUGGAACGGAUAGUCAUCGAAGAUCACCAUAUCAUUAACUCAAACAGCACAAACGAAUCUACAUCCAUAUUAGCUGGAAAUGCAGACGAUCAUACACCAUCUAAUGAUUACUAUAAUCUCAACAAGAAGGAAAACAGAUUUUUAAAAAUUGUUGCAAUGAUCAUUUGGUGUGUAAUAAUGGCACCAAUAUUAGUGAUUGCUCAUGCCUGGUGCUGCCUACUCGCUUGGCUCACAGUAUUUGGAAUUCCAAUUUCUAAAGUUCAAUAUCAGGGAAUCAAAUUAUUGUACAAGAGUUUCUUGGAGCUUCAUGUUAGCCAUCAAUUUCCUCCCAAUGUCGAAAGUGAUAUUCUUGUUUGUACCUAUCAGGCCUUUAACAUUUGGUAUUACAAGUAUUCAUUAUUUGGCGCAAAUGUCAUGCUGAUCAAUAUGCUACCUUUUGUACCGCUCAGUAUAAUUUUAGGAUUUGCUUUUGGGGAUGAAUUUGUGGAAGAGUAUGGUAUUGGUAUCUUUAUCAGUUGUAUUUUAGCUGUGGUGCCUCUCAGUUACUACAUCAGUAAGGCUGUCAGCUCGAUAUCUGCUCAGAGCAAUUACGUUGUUGGAGCUUUCUUGAAUGCAUCGUUUGGUUCAGUAGUAGAGAUUAUCUUAUAUUUUGCAACUUUGUGGAAAGGAUUAUCCACAAUUAUUGUUCAAGCAGUAACUGGUAGUUUUUUAGCAGAUACGUUGUUAAUUCCGGGUUUAAGUAUGAUUGCUGGAGGAUUUAAACAUCAAGUUCAAUACUUCAAUAGACACGCAGCAGGAACGUCUGCUUUGCUACUGUUGGUUGCAGUAGUGGGAUGUUUUGUUCCAUCUCUUUUUUACACCAUUUAUGGAAAUUAUGAAUUAAGUUGUUUACAGUGUAUGGAUACAGCUAUAUUCCACAAUACAACCAAUAACUCAACAACCAAUUUCGCUGGAUUUCCACGAGUAGACGCUCGACGUAACUCAACAAAUAAUGGUACAAGUCCUCUUUAUUCCAUGACCUGCCAGAACUGUAUUUAUGUAGAACGAGAUUUUACCAAGGAUCCAAUCUACCUCCACAAAGUAAAACCUCUUGCCAUUACAACCGCAGCAAUUUUACCUCUGGCUUAUUUGGUUGGUUUGAUCUUUGCAUUGAAGACACACAACAAGUACUAUUUGCGACCACCAAAAGUCGAUGAUGAAGACUCAGAAAAAGGAAAAAACAGAGCCCAUGGAGGACAUGGAGCAGCUGAAUGGCCAAGAUGGUUGUGUGUCAUCAUUUUACUUGUUGCCACAGUUGCAUUUGCGUUUGUUGCAGAAUGUAUGACAAAAUCCAUGGAGCCAGCUUUCAAUGAACUCAGAAUUCCUUUAGAAUUUGCUGGACUCACCGUAUUUGCUGUCGUUCCUAAUAUUUCAGAAAUUGUUAGUGCUAUUAAGUUUGCACUACAAAAUAAUGUCACUCUAUCUCUGGAGAUUGGAAACGUUGCAGGUAUUCAAACAGCAUUAAUUCAAGUACCUGCACUUGUUAUUUUCAGUGUAAUUAUUUUCCAAGAUGAUUUCACAAAAGUGUUUAGCUUGACAUUCCCACAACUCGAUUUGGUUGCCAUUUUCUUUGCAGUAAUCAUUCUUAACUAUGUGACAAUUGAUGGAAAGAGUAAUUACUUUCAUGGUUUCAGUCUUACCGUUGUGUACAUUCUCAUUAUCAUUGCCUUCUUUUUUGCAUAUUUCUAG